AUGUUUUCAAGGCACGAAACGAGCGGCCUUUUGAUGUUAGAGGCCCAUCGUCGUUUAGCAUACCCGGAAUGCUUCACCAUCUAUCUCACAGCAGUGAAGACGUGCGCCGACAUUGCCAUGGGGUUCCAAGUGGAGAGGAAGUUGUAUCGCAAUACAAUCAUUGCUUACACCGUCCAUCGGGGAUCAAAUGUCGUAGUCGAGGCUGACCUGGAUUUCGCACCGUCUCCAUUUCUGCAAGUGGAGACAGCCAGCGCGCCUCUGGCCAUCUUGCCAUCCUUCUGUUACACGGGAACAGAAGACUCGUUAUAUCCAUACGCCACGGCAAGACGUCGUUGUAACAAACCUUCCGGUGGACACUUGAGGCUUGUGGACAGCCCAGAUUUUGUCCCUCGAGCUCGCUUGCUGAAGGGCAACCUGCAACAUGAAAUCAGCUUGCCACUCCUGAUAAACCCUCCCGAGGACUCCCUGGCAUGUCACGAGACGGCAGUAGAGACGGCAUAUGUCAGCUCGCACAUCUCAUCCCGCUUACACGCGCUGUUCUCGCAGCUUAGUCUCGCCUUGGGGGAUCAAACAACAACCGACGCUGCACCACCACAACGAUCAACAUCAUUAUCAUCCACUUCACCAGCAACAUCAGUCCUGCCGGAAGAAGGCAUGUUUCUAGAGCUCAAAGUCGCCUCACAAUCCUUUGACAUCUUCCCCUUUUGCGACCACCGACAAUACCACUCCCGUCGCCUCACCUUGUCAUCCCCAGACACUUUACCCACUGUCCCCUCCAUCACCAAGCUCCUCUUGAAAUCCACCGAAACCUACGACGGCGGCGACAACAACACCAGCGAGGACUACCGCAUCAGGCCGCUAUCCCUGCUAAUCCCCUUCCAGCUCGCCGCCAAGCUGCCGGAUCUGCACACGCUGAUCCUGCCAUGGAUGUGGGAACGGCCUUUAUCUUUUGCACACUCCAGCAGAGUCGUCAGGGAACACUAUACCCGCCCUUGGGAAGGACCGUUACGGGACGCGAGGCAUGAUUUCGGCAACGCGAUUCUGGAGCAGCAGAUGUUCCUCCGGGGCGGGCGGAUCCCGAACGGGUUGAAGAAUGUCCUGAUGCAUUUCUGGACACCGCAGCAGGUUGCCGAGGAAGACCAGAGCGAGAGGAGGCCGAAUUUGAUCAUCUCUCCGACCGCUGCGGCGACGUCGGUGGGGUUGGUGGAGGGUGAGAACAAGGACCCAGUCAGCCUGGGACUGUGUAAGCUUGCGGGACAGCUGGAGAGGUUGGACUUGAGGGCCAUGGUCACUGAGGAUUUAUUCCCAACUCCUGCUCCUGCGCCUGCUGGUGCUGGUCUGGAAGUGGAGCAGCACCAGCAGCACCGGCAGUGGUCCAAAAUGCAGCGUCUGCGGAUCGAGUUCCACCCUCUCCGUCCGGAUGGGAAGUGGUUCUUCAUCGGCCCCAAGGGUGAAGAUCCCCACGGCGAAGAAGGGGGUUUCGAAAUCUCCGAGGAUAGAGAUUAUCCCCGCGAACACGAUAUCCCCGAGGACGAGGAGGUCGAUGAAGAAUACGAGGACUUCCCUACUGGCGACGUCGAGGUGGAUAUCUUGCAGGACAUGUUCCGUACAGAACCGCACCGGGAGAGGAUAGAGCCAUUACUGGCGAGAUUCGCUCAGGCAGUUAGGGAAGCGAAUAUGCCGUCCCUGCAGGAUGCUGAGCUGUUUGCGUAUCUGUGGUGGGCGCCAUCGGAUAGUCGCGAGGAAGAGGAAGGGUACGCUGGGCAGGAGCAGCCGUAUGCGAAGUAUAGUGCCCAUAGAUGGGGUGUCAAGUAUAUUACCAGUCGUGGUGGAAAUGGCGAUGGCGGUGGUGCUGAGGCAAGGACGACAGCUCCGACGGUCCAGUGGCAGGUUGGCGACUGGAGACCUAGCCCUGAUGUCAUGGCUCUUUUUGAGGGCUUGGGGACACAAGAGUGGCUUGACUUUGACUCCACGCAUGGUCGGCCCUUGCCGCUUUACGAGGACGCAAUGAAGGCGCGAUUGUUCUGA